CUCUAAUAGAUUAUAAUCCUCCGUGUUAGAGAAAAUGCGGUCGUGGCAGAUGCAAUUACAGGAUCAUCAUGAACUUUACUGCACCCUCGUUCGCAAAAGAAAGUCCUCAACAACGUGGGAGGUGCUGAGGCCGAGACAGGUGACAAAGAGCUGGGUGGAUGUCGUUUGGUUCAAAGGAGCAAUCCCCAAGCUAAGCUUCAACAUGUGGGUUGCGAACUAUGAUAGGCUGUCAACACACUCCAUGCUUGCAGCAUGGGGACUACAUAUCUCCGCAAACUGCCCCUUCUGCUCCAACUACGAGGAAACUAGAGACCACCUCCUCCUCUCAUGUGAGUACAGCCAAGCCAUCUGGAGGGAGAUCUUCAUCAGGUGUUAACUGCCUGCAUCGCCUUUCGCAAAUUGGUCUGAGCUUCUUUCUUGGAUCAGAGUUGCCCGAUCUUCAAAGCUAAAUCUACUAAGGAAGCUUGCAACACAAUCAGUGAUCUACCAACUGUGGAAGCAGAGAAACAAUCUGGUUCACAAUCAAACAUCAAUACUGGCUGCAACUGUGUUCCACGGCAUCGACAGAGAGCUGAGGAACAUCAUCUCAGCAAGGAGACACAUGAAGAGAUUUGACUCCCUCAUGGUUAUGUGGCUAAGAUAGUUGAUCUUUGUAGGAAAAUUA